ACUCACGUUCUUCCUGCCCCGGUUGACAUGCCGCCCUGAGAUUGGAACCGCCCAGAAUACUCCAUUCAUAAGAGACUCAAUCUCGCAUAUGCAGGCCGCUUAUCAGCCAAGACCCUUGCGAAUUUGCUCCCGAAGCAGUUUAAGAGGGCAACGAGACCGAGUCUAAAGGAUUUGGAUUCUCAUUCCUGAUUUCUCCCUCCGCUGUAGCUGGGGUCAUACAUCCAACAUGGCGGUCGACUUUCAGGACGAACGGUAUAGCCCAACCGAUUUCGAGAAGAGUGAUGUUAAAGCUCAAGAAGCCCUCGAGACCAUCGCUGACUUUGACGAUCCCAACAUUGAUCCUGACGGUGCCAUUGUUGGAGUCCUUGAGGAUGAUUCGCCAUACCCGGAGGUUCGCAGCGCAGUAGCAAACACAGAUGAUCCAUCUAUCCCUUGCAAUUCGUUCCGCGCGUGGGUGAUGGGCAUCGCAUGGGCUAUUUUGAUUGCCGGCCUGAACCAAUUCUUUUUCUUCCGCUAUCCCUCUGUGAGCAUCUCGGGCAUCGCGGCACAAUUGCUGUCUUUCCCUGUGGGUCGCGCCUGGGCAAAGGUCGUGCCAAAUGUUCGCGUCUUUGGUUUAAAGAUGAACCCUGGACCAUUUUCGAUUAAAGAACACGUCUUGGUCACUAUCAUGGCAUCCGUGGGUGGAUAUUCUGCCUAUGCGACUGAUAUCAUUGCAGUCCAACGAGUCUAUUAUGGGCAAACGUACAGUUUUAUUUACCAAUGGAUGGUGGUUAUGUCCACUCAGCUCAUCGGAUUUUCGAUCGGUGGUAUCUUGCGGCGGUUCCUCGUGCAGCCUCCUUCGAUGAUAUGGCCCUCCAACCUCGUGACCUGUGCCCUCUUCAACACGCUCCAUUCGCAGACAUAUGCUGGCAUAGGUACCCGCGGGGGGAUUUCCCGUGAACGCUUCUUCUUUUAUGCAUGGCUGGGUGGUCUUUUAUGGUACUUUGUACCGGGGUACCUCUUCCAGGGCCUAUCUUACUUCUCAUGGGUAUGCUGGAUUGCACCUGAUGAUGUCGUCGUCAAUCAGAUGUUUGGAUAUGUGAGCGGAAUGGGAAUGAGCAUGAUCACGUUCGACUGGUCUCAGAUUACUUACAUUGGCAGUCCGCUUGCAACACCAUGGUGGGCCGAGGCGAAUAUUGCGACGGGCUUCGUAUUCUUCUUCUGGAUCGUUGUCCCUUCGUUGUACUACACCAACACCUGGGACAGCAAGUACAUGCCAAUUUCCUCGAGGACAUCGUUCGACAACACUGGCAGCUCAUACAACAUUACUCGCAUCAUCAAUUCGGAUGCCUCUCUUAACUUGACAGCAUAUCAGGAAUACAGCCCCUUGUUCCUCUCGACGACUUUCGCUAUGUCCUACGCCCUGUCGUUCGCCUCCAUCACAGCAACGCUCAUGCACGCGUUCCUGUUCUUCCGCAAACAAAUAUGGGUUCAGAGCAGACGCUCGAUGCACGAACAGCCUGACAUCCACGCCAGGCUCAUGUCCAGGUACAAACAAGUGCCAGAGUGGUGGUACAUGAUCGUAUUUUUGGCGAUGUUUGUGAUUGGUAUAAUUGCCAUUGAGGUGUGGCACACGGAGUUCCCUGUUUGGGCUUUCGUAUUGUCCUUGACUAUCGCAUUCUUCUACGUUGUCCCCAUCGGAAUGAUCCAGGCCAUCACAAACCAGCAAGUUGGAUUGAACGUUAUCACUGAACUAGUCGUUGGAUAUGCCCUUCCUGGCAAACCAAUUGCAAUGAUGAUGUUCAAGACCUGGGGAUACAUCACCAUGUACCAAGCUCUCACCUUUGCUUCCGACUUCAAACUUGGCCACUACAUGAAGAUUCCUCCAAGGACGAUGUUCUGGGGUCAAGUCGUAGCUACUGCUAUCGCUGGAACUGUCCAGCUCGGUGUGCAGGCAUGGAUGUUUUCCAACAUUCCAGAGAUUUGCACCCCGACACAGAAAAACGGUUUCAUCUGCCCCAACACAGAAGUCUUCGGAACCGCGAGCUUUAUCUGGGGGGUCGUCGGUCCACAGAGACAGUUCUCGGCAGGCCAGGUUUAUCACGAUCUUGUAUAUUUCUUCCUCAUUGGCGCGUUCUGCCCGGUCGUCGCAUGGUUGAUCUCGUUGAAAUGGCCAAACAGCUUCAUCCGCUAUGUCAACUUCCCUGUUAUCUUCAGUGGUGUGGGGGCCAUCCCCCCAGCGAGUGCGGUGAACUAUGUCCCAUGGGCAAUCGUCGGAUUCAUCUUCCAAUAUGUCAUCCGGCGUAAACAUUUCUCUUGGUGGACGAAGUACAAUUAUGUCCUUUCAGCCGCCAUGGACUCUGGCUUGGCCCUGUCCAUCAUCUUGAUCUUCUUCUGCCUCCAAUACCCCAACAACGGCACAAUUGGACUGAACACCGUCCAAACGUGGUGGGGCAAUACCGUAUUUCUGAAUACCGCUGAUGGAAAGGCUAUGCCGCUCCUGACAGUACCAGAAGGUUCUACUUUCGGUCCAACGACGUGGUAAUGAUUAGUUC